GCGCUCCCUGUCCCCGCCCCCGCGGCCGGCUCGCUCCACUCCCACUUCCUGAGCCUGGCCGCUGGAGCCCUGGAGGCCAGGCCCGGCCGCUCCCGGCCCCGGGGGGCACGUCAGCCCAGCCGCUGGGCUUGGGAAGCAGCCGCCAUCGCCGCCGCUCUGGACGUAUAAGCUUCCCACCUUCCUCCCAGGCCUCCACCCGUCUGGUCGACGGGUCGAGUGGCCGCCAUGCGCCUGCCUUGGGCGGUCUUUCCCUGCGGCCUGGCCUGGGGGCCACUCCUGCUGAGCCUCUGCGGGCUCCUAGUGGCAUCCCAGCCUCAGCUGGUGCCCCCAUACAGCUCGGAGAAUCAAACCUGCUGGGACCAGGAAAAGGAAUACUACGAGCCCAAGCAUCAGGUCUGCUGUUCCCGCUGCCCCCCAGGCACCUAUGUCUCAGCUGAAUGCAGCCACAGCCAGGACACAGCAUGUGCAAUGUGUGCUGAAAACUCCUACAAUGAGCACUGGAACCACCUCCCCAUCUGCCAGCUGUGUCGCCCCUGUGACGCAGUGCUGGGCUUCAAGGAGGUCGCACCUUGCACCAGCAAUCGCAAAACUGAGUGCCGCUGCCAGCCAGGAAUGUUCUGUGCCCUUCGAGAACCUGAGUGUGUGUUUUGUGAGCCACUUUCAGAGUGCCCACCUGGCACUGAAGUUGAGCUUAAAGAUGAAGUAAGGCAGGAUGACAACAACUGUGUCCCCUGUAAGGCAGGGCACUUCCAGAACACUUCCUCUCCCUACGCCCACUGCCAACCCCACACCAGGUGUGAGGACCAAGGCCUAGUAGAGGAAGCUCCAGGCACCCCCGAGUCUGACACAAUCUGCAUAAAUCCACCAGAGCCACUGCCCCCCGAGAUGCCAGGAACGAUGCUGGUGCUGGCCAUCCUGCUGCCAUUGGUCUCCUUUCUGCUCCUCACCACUGUCCUUGCUUGCACUUGGAAGAGCCACCCCUCUCUCUGCAGGAAGCUGGGAUCCCUGCUCAAGAGGCAUCCAGAAGUAAUGGGGGAGGCUGAGAAGACAGCAAGAAGGGGCGGAGGUGAUGAGGGAGAGGAGUCCCCUUCAUGCCCCCCUCCAAAAGCCAACCCACAUUUCCCUGACCUGGUAGAACCACUUCUGCCCAUCUCUGGAGACUUGUCCCCGGCCCCUGCCAGGCCCCCACCAACUCCUGUUUUGCUACAACAGCAGAGUCCUCUGGUUCAGACCAGGGAGCUGGAGGCUGAGUCUGGAGAGCAAGGGCACGUGGCCCACGGUGCCAAUGGCAUUCACGUCACCGGUGGCUCUGUGACUGUCACUGGCAACAUCUACAUCUAUAAUGGUCCAGUACUAGGGGGAGCACGGGGUCCUGGAGACCCCACAGCUCCCCCUGAGCCUCCAUACCCCAUUCCUGAAGAGGGUGCCCCUGUCCCUUCUGAGCUCUCUACACCCUACCAAGAAGAUGGGAAAGCUUGGCACCUGGCUGAGACAGAGACAAUGGGGUACCAUGCCCUCUAACAGGGCCCAAGGAGCUAGUUGGUCACCCAUGCCUGCUGGUGUCUGAGAAACACAAGGAGAAGAAAGGCCCAAGGGCACCUUCUCCCCUGAGGCUGCCUACCUACACAGAAUUCACAUGGAGCCUGCGCAGGGCCCCAAGAGGCAGAGCCCUGAAGGACUGGGCCUCAGACACUUCUUGGAGAGCAGGGCCAGGCACUCACUGGGUACAGUGCCCAUCACAGGACUCUUACCACCGGCCCAAGAUCUCAUUGCAGAUCCACCGGGGCUGCAGCAGCUCAGCCUUAGGCACGGACAGGGCAUAUGAUGCUAAACUGCUGCCCAUUGUGGCAAUCUGCACCCAAAGCAUGACACAGAGGGGAACCAGUCACAUGGUCAUUUGCAAGGACAUCACUGGGACCUCUAAAGGAUUUGUGGUGCUCAUCCCCAAGUUUCAGAGGCCCUUUGAGGGCCCAUACUUCAUGUGGACUGAGGUGGACCCUGGAGGAAGAUGGAGUUACGUGGAGGACCACCCCUCCUCACCUCCUGGAAGAGAGGAAAGCAAGUCAGUGAACACUGGGAGUUUGGGAAGGGUUACAAGGUAUGGGGGAGAAUUUGGGAAGGGGAGGAAAAGGGCAAGUAUAUUUAUGAAUUUAGCCACAUUCAAAUAAAGAGGAGACUGAGAUUCAGAUAAUUCAUUUUCUUGGGAUUUAAAUAGAAACACUAAUCCAUCAGGGCAACGUCAAAGACAAAGGUCAAGACAUCAAAAUACAAUUAAUCUCACAAAGGUAUAUCUGUGAGAGACCCAUACAUGUAAUUCAGGUAAUAAGAUAAUAACAAUUUUAGCCAGCAACUGCUAACAUGUCAGGAAGUAUUCUAAAUACUUUAUGAUUAACUUAUUUAUCUAAUCCUCACAAAUUAUUUAUCCUCAUAACAACUCCACAAAGUAGAUAUUACUUCUGUUUAACAAAUGAGGAAACUGAGGCACAGACAGGGUAAUUUUUGGGGGGAAAGGCGUACUAGAGAUUUAACCAGGGGUGCUUACCACUGAGUUAUACCUCCAGCGCCAUUUUUUUGUUUUGUUUUUUUUUUUUUUGAGACAAGUUCUCCCUGAGUUACUGAGGUACUUGCUAAGUUGCUGAGGCUGGUCUCAAACUUGCAGUCCUCCUGCCUCAGCCUCCCAAGACACUGGGAAUAAUUAUAGGCAUGUACCAUGCGCCCAGCCUCCCUGAUUUUAAAGACGAUAAAUUUAGUCACAAAUGGCAAAGCCAGGUUUUGCACCCAAUCCGGCUCUAGAGGGUAAUAAAAA